GGCGGCGGCGGCGGCGGCGGCGGAGCCCGGAGUGGAGGCCGGAGGCGCCCGGCCCGCCGGCCCCGGAGCGGAGCGGAGCGGAGGAUGCAGCAGCCGCAGCCGCAGGGGCAGCAGCAGCCGGGGCCGGGGCAGCAUCUGGGGGGCCAGGGGGCGGCGCCGGGGGCCGGGGGUGGCCCAGGGGGGGGCCCGGGACCGGGGCCCUGUCUGAGGCGGGAGCUGAAGCUGCUCGAGUCCAUCUUCCACCGAGGCCACGAGCGCUUCCGCAUUGCCAGCGCCUGCCUGGACGAGCUGAGCUGCGAGUUCCUGCUGGCUGGGGCCGGAGGGGCCGGGGCAGGGGCCGCGCCCGGACCGCAUCUCCCCCAACGGGGGUCGGUGCCUGGGGAUCCCGUCCGCAUACACUGCAACAUCACGGAGUCUUACCCUGCUGUACCCCCCAUCUGGUCGGUGGAGUCUGAUGACCCUAACUUGGCUGCUGUCUUGGAGAGACUGGUGGACAUAAAGAAAGGGAAUACUCUGCUAUUGCAGCAUCUGAAGAGGAUCAUCUCCGACCUGUGUAAACUCUAUAACCUCCCUCAGCAUCCAGAUGUAGAGAUGCUGGACCAGCCCUUGCCAGCAGAGCAGUGCACACAGGAGGACGUGUCUUCAGAAGAUGAAGAUGAGGAGAUGCCUGAGGACACAGAAGAUCUAGAUCACUAUGAAAUGAAAGAAGAAGAGCCAGCUGAGGGCAAGAAGUCUGAAGAUGAUGGCAUUGGAAAAGAAAACUUGGCCAUAUUAGAGAAAAUUAAAAAGAACCAGAGGCAAGAUUACUUAAAUGGUGCGGUGUCUGGCUCGGUGCAGGCCACUGACCGGCUGAUGAAGGAGCUCAGGGAUAUAUACCGAUCACAGAGUUACAAAGGCGGAAACUAUGCAGUCGAACUCGUGAAUGACAGUCUGUAUGAUUGGAAUGUCAAACUCCUCAAAGUUGACCAGGACAGCGCUUUGCACAACGAUCUCCAGAUCCUCAAAGAGAAAGAAGGAGCUGACUUCAUCCUACUUAACUUUUCCUUUAAAGAUAAUUUUCCCUUUGACCCACCAUUUGUCAGGGUUGUGUCUCCAGUCCUCUCCGGAGGGUAUGUUCUGGGUGGAGGUGCCAUCUGCAUGGAACUCCUCACCAAACAGGGCUGGAGCAGUGCCUACUCGAUCGAGUCCGUGAUCAUGCAGAUCAGUGCCACGCUGGUGAAGGGGAAAGCACGAGUGCAGUUUGGAGCCAACAAAUCUCAAUACAGUCUGACAAGAGCACAGCAGUCCUACAAGUCCUUGGUGCAGAUCCACGAAAAAAACGGCUGGUACACACCCCCAAAGGAAGAUGGCUAGCCCUGGAGAGCCCUUCCCACCCUCCUCCCCCAGGCACCACUGGACCAAUUACCUUUGAAUGCUGUAUUUGGAUCUCACGCUGCCUCUGUGGUUCCCUCCCUCAUUUUUCCUGGAUGGGAUAGCUCUGCCUAUUGCAGGACAAUGAUGGCUAUUCUAAACGCUAAGGAAAAAAAACAAAACACAGAACUGUUUCAAGUACUCAAGACUGACUUACAGACCAACCAACCACCUUGCUGGAACCCUUGCUAGCCGGCAUUCUUAUAAAAGAACUUUCGAGCCUCCUUAUAUUGCUGGAACUCAGCUGUGCUCCAGACUAGAGCCUCCUUACCUAUGCUAUGGAUUUUUAAUUUAUUUUCUCUUAUUUCAUGUACACUGCUUUUUUUGGUUACAGUGUAUGAUGGAUGUGUAUGGAAAAAAUGUAUCUUUGGGAAAACAAUUACAGUUUGUUAAUUUGAA